AUGGCUUCCAGUGCUGCCGUUUCCACUCUCCGUCGGCCUAGCCACUUCCGACACAUCGGCCUACCUGAGACCAACUUUACGCGGGUACCUCGGCGCUCGUACCAGGCCGCGGCGCCAUCCACUUCGGCCAAGCCACUGCCCCACGAUGCCAUGAGCAAGGCGAACCCGUUGCGGCAGGCGUUCACGCGCCUCCGGAGCGCCGACAGCUCGGCACGCGGACAGGCCAGUCUGGGCAUGUGGCAGAUGCUGCCGGGCGCCUAUAUCUCGCGGACGCUGGCACGGACGCCGGGGAUUGAUUGGGUGCUGGUCGACUGCGAGCACGGCGCGAUUGAUGAUGCCGAAAUGCACGCGGCUGUGCCUGUGAUUGCCGCCGAGGGCGCGUCGCCCAUUGUCCGGAUUCCCGACUUCCAGUCGUGGAUGGUGAAGCGCGCUCUCGACAGCGGUGCCCAUGGAACGCAGAUUCUCGCUCCGCUUAUCCGCACGGUUGACGAGGUCAAGGAAUUCGUCGCUGCGUGCAAGUUCCCACCACAGGGCCGCCGCGGUUUCGGCUCACCACUCGCCAUGCAGGGCUUCCGCGUCACGCAAGAGGACGACCCGAGCCCGCACCCCGUCGCCCUGCCGACGUUCACAGAGUACCUCGACCAGGCCAACGCGAGCAUUGUGACGAUGGUGCAGAUCGAGACGCGCGACGCGGUGGAGAACGUCGAGGCCAUUGCACCACUCGUCGACGCGCUCUUUGUCGGGCCCUUUGACCUUGCCAACAACAUCGGCCACCCGAUCCGCGACGGCGUGUUUCCCACGGAGGUCAAGGACGCCAUGGCGCGUGUGCUGGCGGCCGCGCAGUCCGUCGAGGGCUGCUGUUGCGGCGUCUAUGCGGGCUCGCCCGCGCAGGCACGCGACUACGCGGCGGCCGGGUUCCACAUGGUCAAUGUGGUGACGGACGUGCUGACGCUGCAGGCGGCGGCAUCCGCGGCGGUCCACGUGGCGCGGGGCCAAGGCGGAUGA